GGUGCACUGGACACGCCCGUCUCUGUGAAGCAAAGAAGGAAGGAUUUACAUGGGAGGUAUUACGAUGGGAGGGGGAAGAUAGGCCUACCUACCUAUUGCUUGGUUUAAGUUGAGUGGGAAACACAGUUGAGUAGAAAGCAGAGGAGACGAAAGGAAGGAGAACAAACGUGCUUAAUGUUUCACCACCAUGCUCCAGACUUUGUAAACCUGCACUGAAAAAGCUCCACCCACCUGCUCUCACCUCCACUCUACACACUUUGCUUUCCUGAGUCCAAUGGAUAAACAUGACCCGGGCACCCCCCCUCCUCCCUACUACUCUGUUGCUGUCCACACACAGCCACCCCUCAGGUCUUAUGAAGAGGUGGUGUAUGGCUUCGGUCCAGGGAUGAUGCCCCCAACCCAGCCACGUUACAUCCCUCGGUAUCCAUCAUCUGUGGCUGUUCCCCAAGUCUCACAGCCCAUCACAAUCCCAAAGAAGAAAAAGGGAUGCUGUGAGAGCAAGAAAAGGUGCAUUGGUGUGUCGGUGUCAGUCCUACUGUUGCUUGCUCUGCUGGGGGUGGCCAUUUGGCUUGGAGUUGUGUACGGCACCAGGAGAGCAACAUCAGCGAUCCACUACGAUGAGCAUGAUGGGAGCAAUGAUGAGAAAACCCAAAGUGCAGUUUUGCCAAAGGACAACUGCCCAAACAAUACUGUAAUUUGUGAUGGAAAAGAGGACUGCCAACAUGGCACUGACGAAGCAUACUGUGUGAGGUUUGGUGAGGGAAACAGUCUGCAGGUCAGAACAACCACAGAUGGCCGCUUCCUACCAGUGUGUAACCAAGGGUGGGAUGACAAUGAAGCCAAGCAGAUCUGCAAGCAGCAAGGAUUCAGAAACGUCUAUAUGACAGCUACAAUUCAAUCAGAUUCCACAGGUUUAACACUGAACAACAGUACAAGAUCUGCUCCAAUCCAGGCUCGGGUAAAUGUCAGUUCUCCCUGUCCGAACAAGCAGACUGUCUCCCUGCAGUGUGUGGAUUGUGGUAAGCAGCAGGCCACGUCCCGGAUCAUUGGUGGCACCAUAGCUAAAAUAGGUCAUUGGCCUUGGCAGUUGUCACUACAGUUCAGAGGAUCCCAUGUCUGCGGAGGAGUCCUGAUCUCCCCUGAUUUUGUGCUUUCUGCUGCCCACUGUUUCCCAAGAGACAACUCGGCUCUAUCCCCUCAGAACUGGAGAGUAUAUGGUGGAACGGUGUCGCUGAACAACCUGCCUGUUCCAUACUUUGUUGAGAAGAUCAUAGUCAAUGAGAACUAUAACACUAAAACAAAUGACCAAGAUGUUGUUCUUCUCAAACUUACAUCCCCAGUCACUUUCAAUGAUAAAGUUCAGCCUGCUUGUCUGCCAGCAUAUAACCAGAACUUUGUCCAAGGAACUCAGUGCUGGACCUCGGGUUUUGGCACCACACAGGCCGGUUCAGGUAACAGUCGUGAUGCUUAUGGAGGUCUGGUGACCAAUAAUAUGCUUUGUGCUGGGAAACUCGAAGGAGGCAAAGACUCCUGUCAGGGUGACAGUGGUGGACCUCUGGUAUGCCAGGGAGAGAGUCGCUUUUACCUGGUGGGGAUUACCAGCUGGGGAGCUGGCUGUGGUGAAAAAAACAAACCCGGGGUUUACACCAGAGUCAGUAGUGUUCUGCCCUGGAUCUACACAAACAUGCAUAGAGCUAUGGUGUGACAUCACUUUGCCUCCUGCUGGUGUUUUCCUCCCAAUGAAGUUGUCUUGAGGGAGUAGCAGCAUGACAGAAAUGCCCACAUACAUUCAUUAAUGUUGUGCUCAUCAUCUAUACUCAUCCCAGGUCACAUGGAUUUAAUAUAUUUUACACUACCCACAUGUAUACAAGCUAAUCAGUGCACUGACUUCAGUCUUUCAAUUUUGAUUUUAUUCUUUUGUGUGUACUAAAGCUUAUUUUUAAUUUAAGUGAGCUUUAAAAGCAGAUUUUUUUUUCAAUUGUAUCUUAUUGUAAUUCAAUGAAAGGCUUUACUGAGGUUCUACUGAGAUUUCCUUAAUCAGUUUGUGGUUGAUUAAUGUAUGAUUGUGUAUGAUUAAUUAUUAUGAAGGUGUUUUUUUUCUCUCAGGAACACAAUUUUAACUGUUGUGUACCAUAUUAAAAUCAAAACAUUUUGUGCAUUACCUUGCACUUGAGUCACUAAGCAGUGCACUUAAGCCACUACUCAUGUUGGGAUUUUUCUUGAAAUUGUUCUUGAUUGUAUGCCAUUUUUCCGUAUUCUUUGUUAUGUUCAUGUCAUAAGUUUGUGAAGGAU